AUGGUCGGGGAGUUGCGCGCGCCCGCUAUUGUGAAUGUGGCUUUGUUUGGUGAGUUGCCAAUUAUCUGGCCUGUUCUUUCGGAAAGUUCCGAGCGUUUCGCGUAUUGGACUUUGGGCGCGCGUCAUUCUGCCGCCUUCCAUGUCGAGAACUCGCGAGCGUCGACAUGGAGAAUAGCCCCCACCUUUUACUUUGGCCUGCUGUGCUGUCCUCUCUAUAUUGAUCUCACGGAACUACCAGCCCCAUUGUUCUGCCACCUCCCGUGGAUAGACAAGAACAGCCUUAACAAGCCUGCCAUGAUACUUAGGUUUGUGAGCAAAGAGGGCCAGUUCCGGCUGAGCGUCGAGCCCACGACCACCUUCCCAGAGAUUCUCCCACAACUGGCAGAGAAGCUGCCCAAGAACGUAGAUGUCCAGAGCAUCAGCGUCAGUAACAAGCCACAUGGAGGCGAUGCGAGGAGAAUUGCCAGUCUGCAGGGCGUCUCGUUUGAGCAAGUCGGGCUGUCCCAUGGUGCACAGCUCUUCCUCAGCUUUGACGAGCAGUCUUCGAUAUCAAAUGGCCACGAUGCCGCCCCGUCAGGCUUCGCUCGCCUGAAUGGCAAGCCCGUCGCCGCUUCGGACGUACCCUCCGUACCCCUCGGAGGUGCCACGCAAUACAUCAAGAAGCCAUGGGAAGUUGUCAAGCAGUCACCCCUCGACGACAGAUUAGACAAGCUCGACGGCAAGAUCCCCCGCAAACGCGAUGCUCGCAUGUGCACCCACGGCCCAAAGGGCAUGUGUGACUAUUGCAUGCCCCUCGAGCCCUACUCGGCGGACUAUCUCGCCGAGAAGAAGAUCAAGCAUCUUUCCUUCCACUCGUACUUGCGCAAAGUCAACUCUGCGAAGAACCGGCCGGAACUUGGAAGCUCGUACAUGCCCCCACUCACAGAACCGUACUAUCGCGUACGUCCCGACUGCCCCUCGGGUCACAAGCCGUUCCCAGAUGGCAUUUGCACAAAGUGCCAGCCCAGUGCCAUUUCGUUGAAACCUCAGGAGUACCGCAUGGUGGAUCACGUCGAAUUCGCCUCGAUACAGGUGGUGGAUGAUCUCAUCAACUUUUGGAGAAAUACUGGCUGUCAACGGUUAGGCUUCUUGUAUGGCAGAUACGAGGAGUACACAGAGGUGCCACUGGGAACAAAGGCUGUUGUAGAGACCAUCUACGAGCCACCGCAGGUCGAUGAACAGGAUGGCAUAUCAUUGACAGACUGGAACAACGAAAAGGAGAUCGACGACAUUGCAGCACAGUGUGGUCUCCAGAGAGUUGGUGUCAUAUUCACAGAUCUGCUCGACGCGGGCCAAGGCGACGGUUCUGUUGUUUGCAAGCGUCACUUUGAUUCAUACUAUCUUUCGUCUCUCGAGAUUGUUUUUGCGGCACGGUACCAGGCCAAAUACCCCCGACCAUCAAAAUGGAGCGACACUGGGAAAUUUGGAUCUAACUUCGUCACUUGCGUAAUCAGUGGAGAUGAUAAGGGGCAAAUUGGCAUCUCAUCCUACCAAGUAUCGAACGACGCAGUCGAGAUGGUUCGAGCUGACAUUAUUGAACCUUCGGCUGAACCAUCGGUGAUGCUGGUUCAGUCCGAGGAAGACAACGAAGCUCUUAACCGCGCGCGCUACAUCCCAGAGGUAUUCUACAGAAGGAUAAACGAACACGGCGCAAACGUACAGGAGAUUGCGAAACCAGACUUUCCUGUCGAGUAUCUUUUGCUUACACUAACGCACGGCUUCCCAACGCAACCAAAUCCUCUGUUCACAGGUGGCAAGUUCCCGAUUGAGAAUCGUGAGAUUAUGGGCGAGAUGGCGGAUGUCUCGACAUUAGGCAAGACGCUCAAUGCAAAGGCAAAUGGCCUCGCCCUCAACACAUCAAGCGGUGUAAACGCUAUUUCGAAUUUCCAUCUGCUAUGCUUCAUCCACAAUCUAGGCAUAUUGUCCAAGGACGAGGAGUCCCUCCUCUUCAAAGUAGCAUCAACACACGACACUUCAGAGGGCUCAGCACUCCAACACAGCGGAGGCUGGGCAACACUUUUGACAAUUCUCAAAGAAAGUGGUGAGCGCCCCCCGAAACGUUCCUUCCAGUCUUCCCCUCCUUUCUACCAGACCGCACGGGGGGCUGCUCAUUCACAUCUUUCUGCUGAGCAGGAGCGUCGUAUUAGGCGGCAGCCCUCCCAAGGUUCAGACUCCGAUUCAGUACAGUUGGCUAAAAGGGUCAAGGGGGUUAGGCUAAACGGGACUGAUGACAUGUUAUGA